AUGGGAAUUCGUAACUCGUCACCACAGAGCUACGUCACCGAAUUCACACCGGCCUACCCGACCACACAGCCGCCUUCACAUCCACCUGGAAGGAACGGAUCUGCCACAUCGUCUCAGAACGGCGGCUAUUACUCAUCUAACAGCUCCGGUGUUGGUGCUCCCGCUUAUCAGCACAACCAGAUCUCUGCAAGGCGAGGUUCGAUCGUCGGUCAUCAGUCUGCCUCGUCGCGAGCGGCCUCCAUAGCUGACGACGACGAAGAUGACGGUUUCUACGAUAACAUCGGAACGUAUGACGAUCGACGGAUCUCACGAAGCAGUGAAAUGGACGUAGCUUCGUUGUCCUCACACCAAUUACCGCCUACUGGCUGGAAACCCACCAAGAUUGGCUCAUUCCUCCGGAAAAUCGGCGGCGGCAAUCGACCACCAGGCAGUGCCGCCAGCCUUGUCUCACUGAACAAGGUCGCAAACGAGACGCCAAUCAAGCAAGGGAAUCUCAUGAAGAGUAACAGUCUGAGCAAUGAGCCAUGGAAGAAAAUGGUGAUAGACAAUCCAAGUAUUCCGAAAAGAGAACCCACGCCAAGCAAAGGAGGACUCGGUGCACGUCUGAAGAACUCUAUUUUCGGCUCAAAAAAGCGGCUUAACGGCUGA